AGACGCGACCCACAUGACUAGGGAUAAGCCUUUCCUGAGUUCCUCAGCGAAUACAAUUAAUUUGCUAGAGCUUCUAUUGAUUGUGGACUACAUGGUGGUGUAUCGGCAUGAGUACUAAGUUUCCUUGUUUGUUCCGAGUAGCACAUGAAAGGGACUAAAUUACUUGUUGAUCAGUUUCAACUCUUAUUAAAGUACUUUUGGUUCAACUUGUCUGAUUAGUUAUGUUCUGUUGUACCAAAUUACUUUAAACAAAUCAAGUAGCCGCCUCUAAUUUGCACCCGUUUCAACUGCAUUGUCCGAGAGACUCAAAAUCGCUAUGCAUUGUUAUUGACGAACUGAUCGACAAAUGAUGAGUAGGAUAUUUUAUGAAAGGUGAUUUGUAGGUCUGGCAGCUGCGGGUCUUUCUGGCUCUCGAACACUGUACUGAUUUGCCCACUUUUGAUUGAAGAAACAGUAACAAAUUAAACAGACGACCCUUUGCUGGUGGGCAUUUACGAUGAAAAACGUUUGAGAUUAUGCAUGUACUCCAAUAUUAGCAGCCACAAUAGUACGAUACAUCAACCCAGCAAGUGAGUAUAGCGAAUCCUCUUCUUCAACAUGUCUAUGACGACCCUUCCAUUGGUUUUUAUUAACUUGGGCGGCGAAAUGCUUUAUAUUCUCGACCAACGUCUUCGAGCUCAGAAGACCGCUGAAGAUAAUACACAGAAAGGUAUAUGGUCAGAAGAUGACAGGAAAAGAGUUAUGAAUGACAUCAUUGCCACCAUGUUCAACAAGGCCUUUAUGGAGGAACUGCUCAAGCCCCAGGACGUCUACAGUCAUAGAGCUUUGAGAACAGUGCUAACCAGGCUAGCCCAUGCCUCCAUCAUGAGGCUCAACCAAGCCAGCAUGGAUAGACUCUAUGAAUUGAUGGUGAUGGCUUUCAAAUAUCAACUCUUGCUCUGUCCACGCCCAAGAGACCUGCUGCUCAUCUCAUACAACCACAUAGAUGCCAUCCGGGAGUUUGUAAGAAACACCCCUAGUGUACUCAACCAAGUGGAUGAGACGCACCGGAAGAUCAUUGAGGUGUACACACCCUUGUCUGAUGGGGAACUUCAACUCCUCCGACAAACACUGCUCAUAUUCCUUCAAGACAUGCAUGUUAGGGUGUCCUUUUUCCUCAAAGAUAAAGUGCAGAAUCCUAAUGGACGCUUUGUCCUCUCGACCACGGGCCCUGUGCCCCAUGGUACAGAAGUUCCAGGAUUAAUCAGGGUGUUUAGUAGGAGUGGGAGGGAGAUCAAGAGAUUGGAGUUUCCCACAGAAGGCAAUUACACCAGCUCCAUCCGAGUGGGCUCCUUCGAGCUGUUUGGAGACAGAGUUAUUCGAUUUGGGACAAAUAUGUACAGUGCGACCCCGCCAGAAGAAACCCAUACAUCCAAGAACUAUUCUCAAAAGACAAACUCCGAACCCAAUCCACUAGCCAAAGAGGAACUGAACCUGCUGGCUCGAUUGAUGGGUAGAAUGGAAAUUCUAAACCAAAACAAUGACUCUGAAAUAGGUUUCCGGGUCAGCCUCUUCAGCACAGAACAAGAGGAGAAGGACAUUGUAGCAUCAGGCAGGAGUGGAGAUCCAUCAUUCGAAGUGAUUAAUAUUCAAGCAACACAGGACACACAGGUGAAUAAAGAACUGGCUAGGAUUGCUGGAGAGUUUACAAAGGAAGUUGAAGAGCCAGAACCACCAGAUGGACCAAGCAACAAGGGAGAGGACCUGUUGACCAUGAUGGAUGAACUUGUUUAACUGUCAUGAUAUUUGGAUGGCAGGGUGGAGCUGUAGCUACAAUUCUGUUUCCUGUGGUUAAUGCCCAUUUCAACAGAUGUUCUUCAUUUGAUGCUUAUACCUGCAACAUACAAUACCUCUGAUUGAUUGUUGGUCAAAACAGGUUUGAUCAUGUACUACUGUUAUUCAUUUGGAGGUAUUCUGGUAUCUGAUUUAUAUCCUACUAUUACAGUAGACUGGUAGACUACAUAACCAAAAGUAUGAUUGAAAAAUAAAUAAAACCAAUUAAAAUGUAGAUAACAGUUGUUAUGCUGUACAUAUAUUUCAUAUUUGUAAAGAUGAUGAUUCUGUCAUGAAAACACAUUUAACCAUUUAAUUGUUUCUUAGUAAGCACUGACACGUCGCAAGUGUGAUAUUAUGAAUGUAUUUGUAAAGAAAGAUUGUGUGAAUAAGAUAGUUACAAGAAUGCUACCAAUCAUUGAAUGUAGCAAUUGGUUUUCAAUAAAUAAACGUACAAUUGCUU